AUGUCUGAGCAACACCUAUUUUUUGGAUCAUUUUGUGCUUUUGACAAGGAACUGGCUGUAGGAGACCCCAAAUCCUUAGAGGACAUUUAUAAAUCCCACUUGGAGAAUACCCAUGCGCAGAUCUGGCUUGCUACCCUCCAGCAUUCAUUUACUUUUGCAUCCAGGUGGCUCAACAACGUUCUGAUAGUGCAAAGUUUACUUCAUCACUGCAGUGACCACAUCGACACCGAGAAAGAAGAUGACAUGUUCAAAGCCUAUGCAGUAAUUGCUAUUGCUCUCAUUGCCAUGGGUGAGGACAUCAGUGCUGAAAUGUCUGUGUCAUAUCCAUACCAACUCCGCCUAACCUCUGACCUACUCCGCCACUGUUCCGGUUCACCUCCGGUUCGUCCUCUCCCUCACCUCUGCCAUAUCCUCCAGUAUACUUCUGGUCCACCUCCACCUCCGAUCUCCGGUACCUUUUCCGGUACCCUGUAUCCUCAUCAUAGAAGUUUAUUAAUAUUUCUAUCUACCCAACAUUACUAUGAACCUCCUAGGACCUCCACCAACCCCACAAAGGUUUUCCCAUUAUCCAAUAGCUGUCGCUAA